AAGGAAUCAAGAAAUUCGGCAAAAACAAAUAAUUCCUUAUACUUCAGGUGCUAAAUCAAUUGCAAGAAGAAGGGCUGAAUUGACGGAAGAGAUGGGAAAAGAAGUUAGUAGGGUUCAAAUGUGGGACAUCACUCACAAGAAAAUAGAUGGAAGUUAUGUUAAUGAAAAGGCUAAAGAAAUAGCGGAGAAGAUUGAAGUACAUAGCAGCCAACAACCGAUGGAAUUAACUGUUAAUUCUCCUCUUGAUGCUCUUGGAGUAGUUUUUGGGAAAGAGCACCCUGGUCGUGUUCGAGGUUUAGGUAUGGAAGCUGUUCCAACAAUUUCUUUCAAGAACAACACUACAAGGAUUAGUCAAAUAGAUUUAGGUUCUUCAAAUGAUGUUGGCACAUCAUCUACUUCUGGUCCAAAUUGCUAG